AUGGCGGCCAUCCCAGGUAUCGUCGAGGACCCCAACCGCAGUAACAAUGACGACAGCCAGGAAAAUAUUCAACCAAUUCACCAUGCCCCCAUCAUCGGCAGCUCUGAUUCCGCCGCUGAGUCAACCCUCGCCAGCCCCUCACAAGUCAGCAUCGAUGGCCGAUGGGGAGAACAAACCGAGGGCGAACCGGUCUCCCGCCAUGGCGCAAUGGAAGAUUUCGAAGAGAUGCGUCGAGAAUUGAGUCGGUUCAGUCUGCAGAGGACUCGUUCGCAGGUAUCUCGUCGCUCCGUGCGGCCUGCUAGUAGAUGGCGGUCAGCCACAAAAACCAAGACUCGAGAUUCCGAAAAGGGAGACGAGGAGACCGAACAGGACGACUUCGAUUUAGGCGAGUUUCUGAUGGGCGGCAUUCUGGAGCGAAGAACGACAGCCGGCGAACCCGCCAAAAAAGUAGGCGUGCUGUACAAAAACCUGACCGUCAUGGGCGUGCAAGCCUCCGCAUCGUUCGUCAAAACGCUCCCCGAAGCGCUGAUUGGCACGUUUGGACCAGAUCUGUAUCAUAUCGUGCAGUAUUUCUUCCCGAAAAUACGAUUCGGGAAGCCGCCUGCCACCAGAACCCUGAUCAAUGACUUCACCGGCGUCGUUCGUGAUGGUGAGAUGAUGCUCGUUCUGGGACGACCCGGCGCUGGCUGCUCGACAUUUUUGAAGACUAUUGCCAACGACCGCGGUUCUUACGCCGCUGUAUUGGGCGAUGUCAGCUAUGGCGGUAUCUCGGCUGAAGAACAACACAAACACUUUCGUGGAGAAGUCAACUAUAACCCCGAGGAUGACCAACAUUUUGCGACUUUGACUGUCUGGCAGACACUCAAGUUCUCACUCAUGAACAAGACCAAAAAGGGCGAACGAGACAGUGUACCCAUUAUUUUGGAUGCGUUGCUGAGAAUGUUUGGCAUCAGCCACACGAAGAACACUCAGGUCGGUAAUGAGUAUGUGCGAGGUGUUUCUGGUGGCGAACGGAAACGUGUCAGUAUUGCAGAAACUCUCGCGUCGAAAUCGACAGUGGCAUGUUGGGACAAUUCUACCCGAGGUCUAGAUGCCAGUACUGCAUUGGACUACGCCAAAUCCCUGCGUAUCAUGACUGAUAUUAGCAGACGAACUACUUUUGUCACUUUGUACCAGGCUGGUGAAGGUAUCUACGAGCUGAUGGACAAGGUGCUCGUCAUUGACGAGGGAAGAAUGCUUUUCCAGGGCCCAGCAAACGAGGCAAAGCAGUACUUCAUCGAUCUGGGAUUCUACUGUCCGCCGCAAUCGACCACAGCUGACUUUUUGACUUCGCUUUGUGACGCCAACGCUCGUCAAUUCCAGCCUGGUAAAGAAGCAUCAACCCCGAAGACAGCCGAAGAGUUGGAGAAGAUUUUCAAGCAAAGUGGUGCAUACAAACGCAUUCUCGACGACGUCGCUCUAUACGAACGCCAACUAGCCGACACUCAACUGGAAGACACGCGCCGUUUCCAGCAAACCGUCGGCGCAUCCAAAAGCAAAAACGUAUCCAAGAAAUCCUCCUACACCGUGUCCUUUCCCAAACAGGUAGCCGCCUGUGUUAAGCGCGAGGUUUGGCUAUUAUUAGGUGACAAGACAUCCCUCUACACCAAGUUCUUCAUUGCCAUCGCCAACGCCUUGAUUGUCAGCUCUUUAUUUUACGGAGAGUCCCUCAACACUAGUGGCGCCUUUGCCAGAGGAGGUGUUUUGUUCUUUUCUGUUUUGUUUCUUGGCUGGCUGCAAAUGACCGAAUUGAUGCCCGCUGUAUCUGGUCGUACUAUGAUCCAGCGUCAUCGGGAUUACGCGUUCUAUCGACCUUCGGCAGUCUCGAUUGCGAGAGUUGUGGUUGAUUUUCCGUUUCUGGCUACUUUGGUUUCCGUCUUCGGUAUCAUCACUUACUUUCUAUCUGGAUUGGACGUUGAUGCGGGCAAGUUCUUCAUCUACUUGCUCUUUGUAUACACAACGACCAUCUGUAUCACUUCCAUGUACCGGAUGUUCGCCGCUCUAUCACCCACAAUCGACGAUGCAGUUCGUUUCGGUGGAAUCGCCUUGAAUCUGCUGGUUAUCUUUGUCGGUUACGCAAUCCCCAAAAGUACCCUACUCAACGAUUCAAUCUGGUUCGGCUGGUUGUUUUACGUCAACCCCAUCUCGUACGCUUACGAGGCUGUUCUGACAAAUGAGUUUGCCAACCGAGAAAUGGACUGUGAUCCUUCUAUGCUUGUGCCAUCAGGCCCGGGAGCUGUGGCCGGUCACCAGAGUUGUGCUCUGACGGGGUCCUCAGUAGAUCAAACUCGAGUUUCGGGGGCUGCUUAUCUGGAGACCUCGUUUGGCUUUACUCGUCAUCACCUGUGGCGCAAUUUUGGCGUCGUUGUCGCCUUUACUGUGCUCUACAUCCUUGUCACGGUUGUUGCGAAUGAGAUUAUGACUUUCGGUGGUGGAGGAGGCGGUGCGCUUAUUUUUAAGAAGUCGCGACGAUCGAAGCAACUCGCUCAAGCCGAGAAGAAGAGUGACGAAGAAAACGGUGCAAACGGCGUCGCCGUACCGGCUAAUUCCUCAUCCGACGACAAGAUCAUGAACUCGUUGACUACCAGUGAUCGCAUAUUCACCUGGUCCAAUGUCGAGUAUACCGUCCCCUACGGCAACGGCGAGAGGAAACUCUUGAACGGUGUAAGCGGAUACGCCAAACCAGGCGUUAUGAUCGCCUUGAUGGGCGCAUCCGGUGCCGGCAAGACGACUUUGCUCAACACUCUCGCUCAACGACAGAAAAUGGGCGUCGUCACAGGUGACAUGUUGGUCGACGGCCGCCCUCUGGGUGCUGACUUCCAGCGUGGAACCGGUUUCUGUGAGCAAAUGGACCUGCACGACGGUACAGCUACGAUCCGCGAAGCUUUGGAGUUUUCCGCCAUUCUGCGUCAAGACCGAGAGACCCCCCGAUCCGAAAAGAUUGACUAUGUCAAUCGCAUCAUCGACCUGCUCGAGCUCGAAGACAUUCAAGACGCACUCAUCAGCUCGCUAGGUGUCGAGCAAAAGAAGCGUGUCACAAUCGGCGUUGAGCUAGCAGCCAAACCCAGUUUGUUGCUGUUCCUCGACGAGCCAACCAGUGGUCUCGACAGCCAGGCUGCGUUCUCCAUUGUCCGAUUUUUGAGGAAGCUGGCACACGCAGGUCAAGCCAUCGUCUGCACAAUCCAUCAACCUUCAUCCAUGCUCAUCCAACAGUUUGACAUGAUCCUUGCCCUCAAUCCCGGUGGAAAUACAUUUUACUUCGGCUCUGUAGGCCAAGAUGGGCGUGAUGUAGUCGACUACUUUGCCGACCGCGGCGUCGUCUGUCCUCCAUCCAAGAACGUGGCUGAAUUUAUUCUCGAAACAGCCGCAAAGCCCGUCGUUCGUAACGGGAAACGAAUCGACUGGAACGAAGAAUGGCGCAACUCCACUCAAAAUCAAAAGAUGUUGGACGAGAUUGAACAGAUCGUCAAAGAACGCAGUCAAAUCCCCAUUUCCGAGGAUGCAGCGGGCAAACCAACCGAAUUCGCGGCUCCCGUCACGACGCAAAUCGAGAUGCUAACGAAGCGUGUCUUCCUGCAAUACUGGCGUGACCCUUCUUAUUACUACGGAAAGAUCUUCGUUAGCAUUAUCCUGGGUAUUUUCAACGGUUUCACAUUCUGGAAACUCGGCAACAACCUGUCGGGUCUGCAGGACCGCAUGUUCUCAACUUUCCUGAUCAUUCUGAUUCCGCCUAUCGUGAUGAACAGUAUCGUCCCCAAGUUCUAUAUGAACCGCUCCCUAUGGGAAUCGCGUGAAUACCCGAGUCGAAUUUACGGCUGGGUCGCGUUCUGUACUGCGAACGUCGUUUGCGAGAUUCCCAUUGCCGUCCUUACCUCAGUGAUCUACUUCGUGCUCUGGUAUUUCCCUGUUGGGCUUCCGACGGACAGCAGUUCGGCGGGAUACGUCUUCCUCAUGACGAUGCUCUUCUUCUUCUUCCAGGCGAGCUGGGGACAAUGGAUUUGCGCAUUUGCGCCUUCGUUUACUGUCAUAUCAAAUGUCCUCCCCUUCUUCUUCGUAAUGUGCAACCUCUUCAACGGCGUAAUCCGCUCCUACGCCUCCUACCCUGUAUUCUGGAAAUACUGGCUAUACUACGUGAACCCUAUCACUUGGUGGAUCCGAGGCACUUUGUCCGCCGUCCUGCCCGCCGUGACAGUUGAAUGCGCACCUCAGGAAGUAACCUACUUCACGCCUCCGGAUGGGCAGAACUGCCAAUCCUACGCGUCUAAUUGGGUUAACAAUAUCGCCGGAACGGGAUACUUACUGCCUGAUUCUGGUUCGGGCGAGUGCGGGUAUUGCAUGUACAGCAAUGGGCGCGAGUAUAUGCACACCCUUAACGUGCAGGAUGACGACAAAUGGCACUGUUUCGGCAUUUUUCUCGCCUUUGUUGUGAUCAAUUGGGUUCUCGUUUAUUUCUUCAUUUAUACGGUCCGCAUAAGGGGCUGGUCGUUUGGGAUGGGCUGGUUGUUUGGCGGGAUUGGGGCUGUUGUUGGGGGGAUCAAGAAUGUGAUUAGAAGGAAGUGA